AUGUUCUACUUCCACUGCCCGCCGCAGCUAGAGGGCGCGGCCCCCUUCGCGGGUCACUCCGCCGGCGACUUCGACGACGGGUUCCUGCGCAGGAAGCAGCGCCGCAACCGCACCACCUUCACCCUGCAGCAGCUCGAGGCCCUGGAAGCCGUUUUCGCUCAAACCCACUACCCCGAUGUGUUCACCAGGGAAGAGCUGGCCAUGAAAAUCAACCUCACGGAAGCCAGGGUGCAGGUAUGGUUCCAAAAUCGAAGAGCGAAAUGGAGGAAAACAGAGAGAGGCACUUCCGACCAAGAAGGCUCUAAGGAAACAAUGGCUGAGGUGGCACCUCCUGUGAGGAAUUUAAAUUCCCCUUCUCCAGCAGAUCAAACCAGAAACAAAAAGGAGAGUCUGGAGAUCCAGCAGAGCCUGAGUCGAGCAGUUGGUCCUAGUGGACCUUUCUUCCCCUCCUGCCUGCCGGGCACUCUUCUCAACACAGCCACAUACGCACAAGCUUUAUCCCAUGUUGCCUCUCUAAAAGGGAGCCCUCUGUGCUCGUGCUGCGUUCCUGAUCCCAUGGGCCUCUCCUUCCUGCCCACCUAUGGCUGCCAAAGCAACCGCACCGCCAGCGUGGCCGCACUGCGCAUGAAAGCACGGGAACACUCGGAGGCCGUGCUGCAAUCCGCCAACCUCCUGCCGGCCGCCAGCAGCAGCCCCGCUCCGCCAGCCAAACCCGGCCCAGAGAGCAGCCCGGACAAGCAGCCCUCUCCGGCCAAGGAACACAUGGAUGGGGAGAAGAGCGUAUGA